CGUCGCUUUUCCGCUCUCAGCGCGCUUUCCGGCGAGCGGUGCUGCUGGCUCGGGUCCGUCAGUGGGGCUGAGGAGGUGGGAAUCGAGGCCUUCAUCCCUUCGGUGUAAGAGUCAUCACAUCGCUGUGUGUGAUUUAAGGGUUUUUGGAGCCGCCAGGAGCAGCAGUUUGGGAACGAGGGCCUCUAACGUUCAUUGCGUUGUUCCAGCCUCGUGUGUCUGUAGCGGAGGAGAUGUGGAGGUGACGUUUGCAAAAAGGUGGAAAUGGCAGAAGAUAUUAACACAGAAGAAUAUCCCACUGAAAUUCAUGAUUAUCUUGCAACAUUUGAAAAAUCUCUUACUUCGGUAGAUGAGAUGUUGAAGACAAUGAUGUCAGUUCCUAGAAGUGAGCUUCUCCAGAAGUUAGAGCCACUUGAGCAAGCAAAACUGGAUUUGGUUUCAGCGUACACCUUGAAUUCAAUGUUCUGGGUAUACUUGGCUACUCAGGGAAUCAAUCCAAAGGAACAUCCAGUGAAACAGGAACUGGAGAGAAUAAGAACAUACAUGAACAAGGUCAAAGAAAUAGCAGACAAGAAAAAGGCAUCCAAACUUGAUAAAGGAGCAGCUUCCAGAUUUGUAAGGAAUGCACUCUGGGAACCAAAUCCUGAAAAUGACCAAACUCCUGCUAAAGCAAAGAAGAGAAAGAUGAACUAAUUUUUUUUUUCCCUUUUAUGUUAUCAGAGACACCUAAAGUUAUCAAAAUGUGUUUUCUGCGCUGUAUGUGUCUUACAGAAGUGCUGUAUAGCAACAUCUUGAUUAAAUUACACUUAAAAAUUUUUUCAGGGUUGUAUUUUGUCCAGGAUGCUCCCUUCUGAGGUAACUAUGCACUGAGGUUUAAAAAAAAAAAAAAGCGUUGUUUGUAUAUCUGUAAGUGCCAUGUAAUGCUGCAGAAAUAAUGUUUCAUUAUUAAAAUGAUAAUGACUUGCCAAAUGCUUGUUGGUAAUAGAUACUGGUACUGCUUUGAUUAUAAUGCCUAAGAAUUAUUUUUUUUACUUACGUUUUUGUAUGUACUUCGUCUCUUGAAUAUUAAAGCAGUCUCAAACAAUGCUGUCCAGUUCGUGGUGUUCAUGUAAAACCCAUGUUUACUUUCUCAUUACACCAUUGAGUGAGUUCUUGUGUUCACAGAGUAUUGUAAGGUUUAUUCACUAUAUUGAACUGUUCUGUUUUCAGCUUCUGGAAUAGCAUGUAUGCUGUAUUCCCUUACUUCUGUGGUCUCUGAAGAAACUGAGGUUCAAGGGCUGCAAGCAAAUAGCCUGAAUUCCACUUUAAGUCCUAGUGUCUAAUCCGUGCAGGGGGGGAACCACAACAGAAAGAGCCCAAAUGAGUGCUUUGUAGGGCUGAACAAAGGAGCAGGCAGGGGACAGCAAACAGGAAACAGCACGUGCAGGAACUUGAUUGGAAUUUUGGCUGUGGUGUGCAUCUCUUAGUGCUGACUCUGACAUAAAUGUGCUGUGAGGUGGUAGGAGUGUGGUCAUUGGCUGCUGUUUUUCAGAUCUUUGUUCUUGGGUACACUUUGAACUGCUGCUCUGCCUUGCAAAAUAGCCUUCCCUCAAAUGUGAAGCUUAGUUGUUUAGGGGAGGGAGUACAUUAAUUCCAUUAGGAAUUAGAACCUAAUAAAUUCAUUUUUCAGUAUGCUACAAAGGAAAACUCAAUUAUUAGUUUAAUAGCUUCUUAAAAAGCAGGGGCAAGCUAAUUAUGAAAAACAAUUUAUUUCACCAAAAUGCCAUUUGGGUAGCAGGCUGCAGUCUUGGGAAAUAGAGUUAGUGUAAAAGUCUGUAUGAUUAAAACAAAUAUAUCCAGUACCCCUAUUAUAGUACUGCAAGCUGAGUGAUUUACAGUGGAUGGGUAUUGUCUUUGGUGUUGUCCUGCAUCAUGCAAUAUGCAGAGCAUGAAUUUAUUUCAGUGAGGUGCUAAAAUGAAGAUUCUCUUGUCACUGACUAUCUAAAAGUAAAUAUUUCAAAAUAACAGUCAAGUUUAAUAAACUCAAGUAAUUGUUGUGUAUCUCUGGAAACAUUUUCAGUGACUGUAUGAAUUUACAGAUUUUUGUUUGUGA